AUGGAAGAUAAAGAGCUUGAUGAGAGUAAUGAGGCAAGUGUUCGAGCUGUUUCAAAGCUAGAAGGAGAUGGUUUUGCGAGUCAGGAUGAAGAUUCUGACAAACAAUCCGAGGAGGAGAAAAUGCCAAAUAUUGGCCAUGAUGAUGCCGAGUUUUGCAAUGAACAAGAUGAUGUAUCACCAAAAUCGUUAAGUUCUCAAGAUGAUGAAAAAGUGGAAGGAGAUGCUUAUGUUGUUCAGAAUAAAGACCAUGGAGAAUUGAGACAGGAGAAAAUUCAAGAUAAUUCUCAUGAUGGCUCCAACAAUGAAAAUGAACAUGAUAGAUCAUCAGAUAUGUCAAGUACUCAAGGCGUUGAAAAUAUGGAAGGAGAUACUUAUGUUGUUCAAAAUGAAGAUCACGAUGGUUCCAAGUAUGAGAAUGAACAUGCUGAAAAGUUAUCAGGCUCGUCAAGUUCUGAAGAUGUUGAAAAUAUGGAAAGAAAUGUUUGUGUUGUUCAGAAUGAAGAUCACGAAGAAUCAAAACAGGCAACAAGUCAAAAUAUUUGUCACAAUGGCCACGAGUAUGAGAAUGAACAAGAUGAUAUAUCAUCAGAAAAGUCAAGUUCUUCAGAUGUUAAAAAUGUGAAAGAAGAUACUUAUGUUGUUCAGAAUGAUGAUCACAUAGAAUCAAAACCCGAUAAAAGUCAAAAUAAUUCUCCAGAUGUCCAUAAGCAUGAGAAUGAAGUAGAUGAUGAUAAAUCAUCAAAAACAUCAAAUUCUCAAGAUUUUGAAAAUCGAGGAGAUACUCUUGAUAUUGACAACGAAGAUCACGAAGAAUCAAAACAGGCAAAAAGUCACAAUAUUUCUCAUGAUGGCCUCAAGUACGGGAAUGAACAAAGUGAUAUAUCAUCACACUCAUCACCUUCCCAAGAUGUUGAAAAUCUAAAAGUAGAUACUUAUGUUGUUCAGAAUGAAGAUCAAGAAGAAUCAGAUAAAGUAAGAAGUGAAAAUAUUUCUCAUGAUGGCUCUAAGUAUGAUAAUGAACAAGACGACUUAUCGUCAGACACAUCAAGUUUUGAAACUAUUGAAAUGCAGAAGAGUGAUGCAUGUACCAUUCACAACGAAGAUUACAACAAAGAUCCAAACGAAGAAAAAUUUGAAAAUCUUGGUUAUGAUGGUCCCGGGUUUGAGAAAAGGGUAGAUGAUAUAUUAGAAAAUAUAUACGGGAAUAUAGAUGAAGAUAAAACUUCAAAUGAGAGCAAAACUAUAAAUCCUAUAGUUGAUGUAGAUCCGGGGACUCCACAUGUUGUUGAGAAGGCUCUAGCACUUAGAAACUUUGUGAGAGAGAAAAGUUUAGUAGCAGUCUCCACUCUGAUGCGUCGACUUUCUAGAAAAGUUGAUGAAGAUAAUUCUGAUAAUAAAGGUAACGAUGUUUCAGAUUUAUCAAGAGACGGUGAAUCCAAAGAAGUAGGUGCAGAAAAUAAAACUGAUAAGGGGGAGGAACCAAUAACUGAAAGUCCUCUGCAACCCAUAGUCAUGAAAGGAAGAAUCAUACUAUACACGAGACUAGGAUGCCGAGAAACUAAAGAGGUUAGGAAAUUUUUGUACAUGAAAAGGCUUAGAUAUGUUGAAAUCAACAUUGAUGUGUACCCUAAUAGAAAGAUAGAGCUGGAGAAGGUUUCAGGAUCUACUUCUGUUCCCAUAGUUUUUUUCAAUGAAGUACUUAUAGGAGACUUGAGUAAGCUAGAGGCUCUAAAUGAGUCUGGCAAACUUGAUGAGAAAAUUGAAUUCAUUAUAGCCGAAUCACCUUCAUUUGAAGCACCAGUUCCACCACUCUCCGGAGAGGAUGAUGUAUCUACUAGUGGACCAAUUGAUGAAAUGGCCCUCAUUGUCCGCAAAAUGAAGGAAUCUAUCGUUGUGAAGGAUAGAUUUAGCAAAUUGAGAAGGUUCACUAAUUGCUUUCUCGGCUGUGAAGCUGUGGACUUCUUAUCAGAAAAUCAAUAUUUGGAAAGGAAAGAGGCAGUUGAGUUUGGACGAAAGCUUGCUAUUCAGCUCUUCUUUCAACAUGUUCUUGAUGAGAAUAUAUUUGAGGAUGGUAAUUUCUUAUAUCGGUUUUUGGAUGACGAUCCAAUUGUGGCAUCUCAGUGUCAAAAUAUUCCAAAGGGUAUAACUACUGUGAAACCUAAGCCUAUCAAAGAAAUUGCAUCAAGGCUGAGAUUAUUGUCCUAUGCAAUGUUUGAAGCCUAUGCAUCCGAAGAUGGACGUCAUGUUGAUUACAGAAGUAUGCAUGGAAGUGAGGAAUUUGCAAGGUAUCUAAGAAUCGUGGAAGAGCUGCAAAGAGUGGAAAUAAUGCAUUUAUCAAGAGAAGAAACGAUUGCUUUCUUUAUUAAUCUAUAUAAUAUGAUGACCAUCCAUGCAAUUUUAGUAUGGGGCCAUCCAACUGGUGCACUAGAAAGAAGGAAAAUGUUUGGAGACUUCAAAUAUAUUAUCGGCGGGUCUACCUACUCACUUUCAGCUAUUCAAAACGGUGUUUUAAGAGGGAACCAACGACAACCAUAUACUCUUAUGAGGCCAUUUGGUGCAAAAGAUAAACGUUUACAUGUGGCCCUCUCUUUUCCAGAGCCUCUCAUUCACUUUGCUUUAGUAUGUGGUACUCGAUCUGGGCCUGCACUUCGAUGUUAUUCUCCUCGAGACAUUGACUCUGAAUUAAUGGAUGCAACUCGCAGUUUCCUUAGAAAUGGUGGCAUUUCGAUAGAUUUUAAUGCAAAGGUUGCACAUACCAGUAAGAUCCUGAAAUGGUUCAGUGUAGAUUUUGGCAAGAAUGAGGUAGAAGUUAUGAAGCAUGUGUCAAUCUACUUAGAUUCAUCUCAGUCAGAAAUAUUGUUUGACUUACUUGCCACUUCGGAGUUGAAGGUGAUAUAUCAGCCUUAUGAUUGGGAUUUGAAUUGUUAG